CUAGCUAGCGAUUCCUUGCACCAAUACUCAAGGGAGAAGAAGAAAAAGAAAUGUUGAGUUGUGCGUGUUGCAGACCCGUAAAUUUGGUGAAAACUGUGAAAAACAAUUUCGUCCAAUCAAGAAGAACUAGAGUUGAUAUGGGAAGGGUACCGUUUUAUAGAGAUGGUGGUGGUGAAAGAUCGAUGGGUUCAAUGGGCCGUGGCGUGAGAGCUUCCAUGGUGGAUUCUUCUGAAAGCUCUUCUAACUUUGUUAAGCGCAUGGAGCAGGCUUGGCUAAUCUCUCAGCAACCAAGGCCUGUUGUUUGUUCAACUUGUAACUCAAAUGGGCAUGUUGAAUGUAAAUGGUGUGGAGGCACAGGGUUCUUCAUGAUUGGAGAUAACAUGCUCUGCCAUGUGCAUUCCAGAAACAGCAACUGCAUUAUAUGUGCUGGAAAGGGCUCAAUGUGCUGCUCCGAUUGUAAGGGAACUGGCUUCCGUGCAAAAUGGUUGGGAGAGCCUCCGAUCCACAAAUAAUGUCACCUGCUUGUAUGAAUUGCUGAUCAGGCAGAACUUGCAUGAAGAAUGAAAUCAGUUUUCUUCUUCUUUGUGUAUCCUUCUUUGCUUUUUGUUGGAAUCUCAUAGUCUUUUUAAGAUGACAGUGGGCUCUCACUGCAAAGAGCAAACCACAUCCUGUCUCACAAAGCCAACCAUCAUAUGCAUUAACAUUUUUGUAUUCUUUCAAAUUUGUAUACAAAUGUAACUUCACCCCAGUUAUUUGGGUGUUUCCAACU